CCCGAGCCGGAGCCGGACCCCAACCCGGGGCCGGACGGUCACAUCGCCGAGUCGGGCGAGAAGACGGAGCAGUACUUCGCGAUGGAGCCGCAGGACCAGGUGGCCAUCGAGGGCACCAAGGUGACGCUGCCGUGCCGCGUGGAGAACAAGAAGGGCACCCUGCAGUGGACCAAGGACGACUUCGGCCUGGGCCCGCACCGCAACCUCAGCGGCUUCGACCGCUACACCAUGGUCGGCAGCGACGAGGAAGGUGACUUCUCGUUGGAGAUCUUCCCCGUGCACCUGGACGACGACGCGCGCUACCAGUGCCAGGUGAGCCCCGGGCCCAACGGGGAGCCCGGCGUGCGCUCGCGCUUCGCCCAGCUCACGAUCCUGGUGCCGCCCGAGCCGCCGCGCAUCGUGCAGGGCGACCACCUGGAGACGACCGAGGACCGCGAGAUCGAGCUGGAGUGCGUCUCCGCGGCGGGGAAGCCGGCCGCAGAGAUCACGUGGAUCGACGGGUACGGCAACGUGCUGCGCGGGGAGUACUUCUCGACCGAGGAGCCGGAGGGCCGGCGCUACACUGCGCGCUCCGUGCUCAAGGUGACGCCCAAGAAGGUGCACCACAACACGACGUUCGUCUGCCAGGCGCAGAACCAGGCGGACCGCACCUACCGCUCGGCGCGCCUCCUGCUGCACGUCAAGUACGCCCCCAACGUGACCGUGUCCGUGGCGGACGCGGCCGGCCACCCCUCGGCCGGCGGCUCGCCGCGCCAUAUCCCCGAGGGCUCCGACGUGAAGCUGGUGUGCCACGCCGACGCCAACCCGCCCGAGGUGCGCUACCGCUGGUUCCUGGACGGCGAGCCCGUGUCCUCCGACGUGGACGGCGGCCCGCCCACCGAGCUGGUGCUGCGCAACGUGUCGCGCCGCCACCACGACGCCAUCGUCAAGUGCCAGGUGGAGAACAAGGUCGGCAAGAGCGAGGGCUCCGAGACCCUGGACGUGACGUACGGGCCCAAGUUCCGGCAGCGGCCGCUGUCCAUGCAGACGGACCUGGACGCCACGGUGACCCUGGUGUGCGACGUGGACGGCAACCCCACGCCGGACAUCACCUGGAUCCACGAGGAGCGCGACCGGGUCGUCGGCAGCUCGCCCAACCUGACGUUCAAGGUGGAGGCGGACCGCGCCGGCCGCUACUUCUGCCGCGCCAGCGUGCCCGGCUACCCGGAGAUCGGCGCCGAGGCCGCCGUGCUGGUCAAGGGCCCGCCGCGCGUGCUGUCCCCGCACACGCAGUGGGGCCACGCCGGCGACAACGCGCGCGUCGAGUGCAUCGUGUCCAGUGUGCCGCGCCCCGACAAGAUCUCCUGGAGCUACAACGGCCAGGAGAUCUCGUCCUACGACUCGGACUACUCGAUCCUGGACGACCCCCUGCCGGACGGCCUCAAGAGCACGCUCAUCGUCCGCGAGUCCCAGCAGCACCACUACGGCCUGUACAACUGCACCGCGUCCAACUCGUACGGCGCCGUCACCGCGCACAUCCACCUGCGCGCGCAGAAAUCGUACCCGCUGCUCAUCAUACUGACGGGGGUCAUCGGCGGCGUCGUGGUCAUCAUCGCCAUCACCAUGGUGGUCAUCCUGUGCCAGCGUAGAGUCAAGAAGCCUCCAGUGGACAACCACGAGGCGGAGAAGCAGUGCCGCGAGUCGGACCGCUCCUCCAACAUCUCGGACAUGAAGCUGGAGCUGCGCGGCUCGUCGGUGAGCAGGCCGGGCAGCGAGACGGGCAGCGAGCGCGGCGUGGGCGGCGUGCCGCUGGCCGGCCCCGUGCACCUGCCCAUCGCCAUGAACGGCGGCGACCACGUCUACCGCUACUCCACCGAGUACCCCGAGCCCAGCUUCCCGCCCAAGGCAAAGGACGGCCAGAACAACAACGGCUACGUGCCCUACGUGGACUACUCGCGGGACUACACGCCGCCGCCGUCGCUGAGCCUGCUGCAGCCCGACGCGCACCUGGGGCUGCCGCAGCCGUCGUCGCUGUCCAUGUCGCUUUCCAGCCCGCUGGCGUGCGUGGACCCGCGGUACUCGGCGGCGUACGGCAACCCGUACUUGCGGAGCUCGAGCGCGUCGCUGCUGCCGCCGCACACGAGCCAGAUGACAGACUCAACUACUGCUUUGUAUACAUAG